AUGAUGAGAAACUCAGCUCUAUUCUCUCUCCUCCUCUCCUUCCUUCUCUUCUCUCUCUCCUACUCCAAUCCCCCUCAUGAAGCCAAUCAGCUGCUGAAGUUCUCUGGGUCUCCUAAGGCUUUAAAAAUCGCGCGAGAUAAUUGGUGGAAAAUUAUAAAAAAUAAUAAUAAAUUUCCGGUGUAUGUUAGUCCGCAGGAAGGGCUGAGGGAAGCGGAUAAGAUAGAGAAGUUGCCAGGUCAGCCUGAAGAUGUGAAGUUUGAUCAGUAUUCCGGAUAUGUUACUGUUGAUCCAAUGAAGGGGAGGGCUCUCUUCUACUAUUUUGUUGAGGCGCCUCAAGACUCUGGCUCCAAGCCUUUAGUCUUGUGGCUAAAUGGAGGGCCUGGGUGUUCUUCAAUUGGAGCUGGAGCAAUGCAGGAAUUGGGACCAUUUAGGGUUAACAGUGAUGGCAAGACUCUAUAUGCAAAUAAGGCUUCUUGGAAUAAUGUGGCAAAUGUGAUCUUUCUCGAGUCGCCUGCCGGCGUCGGCUUCUCCUACUCAAACACAAGCUCAGACUAUGAGAUCACCGGCGACAAGAGCACCGCCGACGAUACCUACACCUUCCUCAUCAAUUGGUUAGAGAGAUUUCCCCAGUACAAGAGUAGAGAUUUCUUCAUCGCCGGCGAGAGCUACGCCGGGCAUUACAUCCCCGAACUCGCCAGCCUCAUCCUCAAGAACAAUGCAGCCAACACCAACACAGUCAUCCAACUAAAGGGCAUUGUUAUGGGGAAUGCUUAUGUUGACGGAGAUACAAAUGAGAAAGAGAUUUUCAAUUACUUGUGGACUCAUGCUUUAAUAGCAGACGAAACCUACAGCAUAAUUCAAUCAAACUGCAAUUUUUCCUCUUCUUCUUCUAGAAAUGCAGAAUGUGAUGAAGCCAUUACUGCAGCCAGGAAUGAGAUUGGAAGAAUUGAUAUGUAUGAUAUUUAUGCUCCUCUUUGCAGUGGAUCUUCAAAUAUAAAAUCUUCAGUUCAACCAGAUCCUUGUGCUGGUGGUUAUGUUAACAGCUAUAUGAAUCUUGCAGAGGUGCAGAAAGCACUUCAUGUAAAUGCUCCAUAUUCAUGGACUGCUUGCAGUGACAUUAUUGAAGACUGGCAUGAUGCACCUGCUACAUUGCUUCCGACCAUUCAUGAACUGAUUGGCAGUGGCCUGAGAGUGUGGUUUUACAGUGGUGAUCAGGAUUCAGUCGUACCCGUGACGUCAACAAGGACGUCGAUCGACAUGCUAAAGCUCCCAGUUGAGUCACAAUGGAAGCCAUGGCAUGUUGAUAAUGAGGUGGGGGGAUAUGUGAUUGGUUAUAAGGGGCUGACAUUGGCUACAGUGAGGGGGGCAGGGCAUUUGGUGCCUAGUUAUCAGCCUGAAAGAGCUCUGGCCAUGUUCUCCUCCUUCCUUAAAGGAGGAUUCUAA